AGGCUUGGGAAAAUGCUCAGUGGAAAAUCUGUAGAAAUGAUGUAACACAAAGCAAAGGCAGGGAUUGGAGUAAGGGGUGUAUAACUGAGACUAUAAAAAGUCAGAGAGAAAACUCACCAUAGGGCUGAGUUUUGGAGAAACUGCACACACAGUACUCUAAAGUUUGAAUCUCCUGAUUUUUCACAAGAUGCUGGACUGGAGAUUGGCUAGUGCACGUUUCAUCCUGGCUGUGACUCUGAUACUGUGGAGCUCAGGACAAGUCCUCUCAAUAGAUGUAACAACAACAGAGGCCUUUGAUUCUGGAGUCAAAAAUGUGCAGUCACCACCCACAGUCACGGAAGAGAAGUCAGCCACUGACCUGACAGCAAAACUCUUGCUUCUCGAUGAACUGGUGUCCCUAGAAAAUGAUGCAAUUGAGACAAAGAAGAAAAGGAGUUUCUCUGGUUUUGGGUCUCCCCUUGACAGACUCUCAGCUGGCUCUGUAGAUCACAAAAGUAAACAGAGAAAAGCAGUGGAUCAUCCAAAAAGGCGAUUAGGUAUCCCCAUGGAUCGGAUUGGUAGAAACCGGCUUUCAAACUCCAGAGGCUAAUUGAUUCCAAAUAUGCGACUUCCUUGGGUGAAAUGCCACAGAAAUAUGGAAGAUGCUUCGGUAAACUUCUUCACGCUUCUUAAUGAGUAAACUUUUAGGGAACUGACCUUCUGCAAAUCUUUUGUAAAGCUUGAACUUCAGCCCAUCACAUUACAGCAUUGUUACAGCUUCAAUUAAAUUGCGUAAAUCAUUUUGAGGCACGUAUAUUUUAAAAUUAUAUACUUUAUUCAGGAAUGGUUAACUUCUCCUCAAACCUUACUUAUCAAAAUAAUAAUUAAAAAACACAAUACAGUGAAGUGCCUUUUAUGUGCAUUUACCCAGUCACGUUUGUAGUCAAAAAAUAACAAAAGACAGAUUUUCUUCUGUAAAAUUUAGAUAUGAUUAGUUUGUUCAUCAUUAUUAGGGAAUAAGGAAAGGCAAUGCUGUGUAUUUUCUCUUAUGUACUUUUACUUCUCUAUAUUCCCUUUUUCCAAGAGACUGGUAAUAAUUAUGAAGUUAGGCUUCUCUUAUCCUAUUCAAGUUUCAAUCAUGUUCAGCAAAAUAAAACACAACCCCAGUGAGCAUAUUGUCUUAGAAUUAAGAAAGCGAAGGACAUUACUCAUUUGUUAAAGUUGGAUAUCCCUUGUCCCCUAAAAAUUUUCCAUUUUUCUAAAUUUUAACUGAUCGUUAAGAGCAGCAGUGGCUCAUUAGGAGGGGAAUAAGUACACGCAGAAGUAAAGAUGAAAGUAGGAGGGAAGUCAAAAAAUUACCAAGUAGUAAACCACCAGAACAGGUUAGGGCCAGUUAACUACACAUCAUUUUAGCUCAGUACAUUUCAGCAUAGUAUAAGGUGAUCUUUUUGAUACCGUGGAAUCAUCUAAGAAACUGUUUACUCGGUUUCAUAUAUUGGCUUAUUUGGUUUCAAUUGUCUUACUACCCUUAAUAUGCCAGUUGAAGUUCAUAAUGAUUUUGAGAAUGAUUUCUUUAAAAUGAUUCAGAUUAUUUUUGAAUGACUAUUACAACAUAAAUUUUGGUAUUCUAGAAAGCUUAAUUCUCAGCAAUAACUAUAAUAUUACUGUGGCUUGGACACAUAGGCCAUUGUGCAUUGAGUAUACUUUCAAAACACACAAAAAACAUUCUGUGGAACAGAGAUUCAUCAUAAGUUACUUAGCAGAAGUUUAUAAAGCAUCUGAAAAACACUUCCUCUGUAAACUCUAAAAAUCACUGUCUGAUACGUGGGAGGAAAAAGAAUUUGGCUAGUAGAGCAAAGGCUUAUUUUAGCAUAAAAAGAGAGUGUUGUGAGAAGGUGUCUUCAUAUCAAGAAGAGAAAAAUGGAAAAUUGCUAAUUUUAACUAAAUAUUAAUGGACUUGUAUGAUCCAAAGAAUAAAAUAAACUCAAAGAAACAUAAUGAAAAUACAUUAGAAAAAAGUUAAACUAAGAAAUUGACCUUUAUAAAGGACUAAUUUUUCAGUUAUCCAAUGUGCUUUUUAAAGGCAAAGUUUAAAAGGGCCGAAAAGACGUGAAAGAAAUGAACAUGUGUACUUAGAAUAUAUAUUGGUUUUGUAUGUAACUUCUUAGUUUUUCUGGACGUUUUUCCAGCUGAAAGUCUUCAAAAUUAAUUUAGGAAAAAAUAGUAAAUAAAUGGAUUUUUAAAAAUUGUAGUAGAGGGCUGUAGCAAAGAGAAGUGAAUUUUGGGAAAGCUAACCAAUUCUCUUUUUCAUAACCUUGUGUUAGAAAGCUAGCAAUAAUACAUACGGAAGUAUCCUGGAAGACUCAUGGUUUGAAAUAAUUAAUUAAGAAGUUGUGAUAUCUUUUGUCUGCCUUUCCCCAACCUUGUGAUAAACUAAAAAUGUUUCUUGUUGCUUAGAAGCUCUUUCUUUCCUUGUAUUCAUGUUUGGAUAUUUGUAAGCUUCUAAUCCAACUCAGUUCUGCUUCAUGCUUUGACAAAAGGUAUUAAAACCUACUUUAGCCUAAAACUUUCUCAUGGUAAAUAUUUGAAGUUGGAUUAAACAAAUUGAUUUCCUGCAUUGUUUAUUGUUUAAUUCAAAAUUACACGAUGGCAUUCAACUUAGUUAAAAUAAGAAGUCACAAUAUACAAUAUUGAUUUAUGCUAUAGAUUAAUGUGUAAUGUGUUUUCUCCUAAUAUGUACACAAUUUCCAUUAAGGAAAGAAAAUGUUUUCUCCACUUAUAACUCUAUUUUUAUUUCAUAUAGUAAUUUUCACCAUUACUUCAUUCAGAGUAGAAAAUAAGUCAGCAAUAUACUAAAUAAUAGGGCUAUUCUUUUAAUAUAGCAGUAAAUUAAGACAAAAUUUCUGUUAAGAAUAUGACAAGUCAUCUCAUUCGUUUAUCCAAUGCAUUAGGUAUUACUAACCCAACCAUAUUUAAACUUAAAGGGAUUUUUUUGUUUAGUUUCAAAAUAAUGCGUUACUUUUUUUUUUUCUCUUUGUUUCUGUGUGAAGCUUUAUAGGGCAAAUGAAUAUAUGUAUACGAAUUUCUGGGCUCUAGUGUCAAUUACAUAAUCAAAUUUCAUAAGAGAAUGUUAGCUCCUGGCUGUGUUGUCUUAAAAUUUACUAACACUACAACAUGUCUGUCAAGUUAUACUUUUAAUUUGUGCAUAGCUUUAGGGAAUUAAUUUCUUAAACCAAAUUAUGAAAAAGUAACAAUGGAAUCUGCUAAGAGGAAAAAGUGUACAAAGCUUUCUGAAUGAUAUUAUCCCUUAUGCUUAAAGGCUCAGAUGCUUGAAUAACUUUUCCGAAGUUAAUAAACAUGAGAUGAUGAAA